CGCGGCCUGGGCAUGGCAUGGCAUCGCGGACCUCCUCAUGACUGGCACGGUGCCGUGAACGCGAAUUGAGUGCCGGGGAAGGGAAGGGGUUGCCCCUGGAGCGCAGCCUAGUUGACCUGGGAGCCGCGCUGGAGUGCUCCGCUCCGCUGGGCCGGCUCGCAGCAGCGUAGGGAUACGCAACGCACUGAUUGAGACUGACGGGACUACAUUUCCCGGAGACCAGACCAUUCUGCUGCUAUUGUAUUCCAUCACCUUGGAGAGGGACGCACGAUAAUAUGCCACUGCCUGGAAGGUUUUAGUCUCCGGAUUUAGCCGUCUGUAACUUUGAUCUGUGGAACUUUGCACCGGGAGCGAUGGAAUGCCCUCACUUGGAAGAAAAUGUGAGACUUGAAAAUGCCCCUUCGAUCGCGGAGACGGACGUAGGCAAGGAAUGGCAUUGCGGGGAAUGUCAAAGUGCGCAGAAUACUUGGCUGUGCUUGCAUUGCGGAGACAUUGGAUGUGGUCGCUAUAUCAAUGGCCACGCAAAGCAACAUGCUCAAGACCAUGAAAACCACAACUUGUGCAUUGACUGUGAAAGUUAUGCUGUCUACUGCUACAUCUGUGAUGAAUUUGUCUUGAAUGAUACUUCAGACAAUCGUAUAGACCGAAUGCGAACUAUUCUUAUAAGGCACCCAACUAAAGGCGAGGAUGGAUGUAUCCUUGAAGACGGAUGUACCCAAAAUGACAUUGAAGCCUCAUCUAUUUCAAAUGAAAAAGACUCCGUUAGUGCUAAUGGAGACAGUGACAAACACAGUGACAAACAAAGUGAUAGACAGAGUAGACGCAGUAAUCAGAGUGAACAGGAACGAAAGGAAGAGCUUGGUGUACGGCAGUUGAGACCACGGAGGAAGAGGUCCCAUUCUGCCGACAGCAGCAGUGUAGAAAAUCAUGGCAACUAUGGGAAGCGGCAACGAAAAGGGAUGGUGACAAGAACAUUAAGUAAAAAUAAACAAGAUAAAAAGGUUGUUGGUCUUCGUAACUUGGGAAAUACUUGUUUCAUGAAUGCCGUUCUUCAGUCUUUGAGCAACAUAGGUGUGUUUUACCGCUAUUUUAAGCAUUUACCAGCUCUAGAAACCAAUGCUAAAACUGGACGGGGAAUUGAACAGUCUCGCAAGCUCACUGAAGUUUCUGAUGCCUUGAUGGCUGAAGAGUUGCGCAAAGUUCUCAUUAAUCUUAAUCAAGGAGGAAAAAGUGCAAUAUCACCAGAAUCAUUAUUUCAUGUUAUUUGGAAAAUUGUUCCUCGCUUCAGAGGCUACCAGCAGCAAGAUGCACACGAGUUUUUACGAUAUAUGCUUGAUCGCUUGCAUUUAGAGCUUUUGCAUCUCCUCCCUGAUGGGUCACUUAGAGAAAAUUCAUACUUGAACAUAGGACCUAAGAGUCGUUCCUCUAUAGUAACAUCAGUUUUUGGAGGGACACUGCAGAGCGAGGUGCGGUGCUUGAAUUGUUGUGUUGAAUCAAAAAAACACGACCCUUUUCUGGACCUUUCUUUGGAUAUCCCUGAGAAGUUUCAGUAUUUGAAAAAGUCAUCCAAGGAUACUACAGAUGAGCCUACAACACCCUGUGAUAUAUCAGAUUGCCUGACAAGUUUCAUUGAAGUUGAGGAAUUGGCUGAAACUGAGCUUUAUUACUGUAACAAUUGCAAAAGCAAACAGCGCUCAACAAAGCGCUUCUGGAUACGACGGCUACCAAAUGUGCUCUGCCUUCACUUAAAAAGAUUCAGGUGGAAUAAUUGCUUUCGUCAGAAGAUCGACACAAGUAUUAUGUUUCCAGUAACAGCCUUGGACAUGUCACAGUAUGUCCUUAGCAGCCCUCAUGAGACUAGACGGUCAGGGGCCGGUAGUACACUGUAUGACCUUGCUGCUGUUAUUGUUCAUCAUGGCACUGGAACUGGUUCUGGUCACUAUACUGCAUUUGCAGUAAAUGAUGGAGGCCAGUGGUUUCAUUUUAAUGACAGUAGUGUAAGACAGACUGAAAUUGAAACAGUAGCAAAGUGCAAGCCUUACAUUAUGUUCUACAUCCGUCGAGAGUUUCGGCUUCCCCAACUGCAGGCUUAAAUGAUCCGCAUUGUGGUCAUUUACAGGAAGAAAGUGGAGAACAGUAUUAUGGUAUUACCCUUGUGUGCUCUUGUUUUUAAAUUUUGUGCGCGGCUUUAGAACAUAUUUGGUGCAUGUAUGGGUCCUGCCGUUACUCACACUAACUGGAUACAGCAUAGUAGAUUGAAUAACAUUGCACUCAACAAGGCUUCAAGCUGCAUGCUUGAUUUGCCAAACCUAGUCAGCCCAAUCCCAACGCGUUCACACACUGCUCAAGUACUGCAAGUUAUGCAAGUUUUAUUGCCACUAAUCUUCAACUUGAGCAGUGGUACAAUGUACAUGACUGAGAACGUGUAGAGAAGGGGAGGGCAGGAAGAUGUGCACAACUUUGCCAGAUUCAUUUGCUGUAAAAGUAUGUGUACAUAUUUUGUUAUUUAUAAGUGUACAUUGUACUAAAAUGGGUGAUCAUAUGUAGUUAAGGUUAAUCUUUUUCUUUUUGGGCUCUGCUAUGAAUGUUUGUAAAUUAUGAAGUUUAAAUUUUUAUGUUCAAAUAUUGUACAUUAUAUAAUCGAAAUUGAUGAGUUUUUAAAUGGAAUGAAUGGUCAGUAUUUUAUCGCAAGAGUCAGUAUAUUUAUUUUGGAAGCUCUCUUGAACUAUCCAAAUCCCAAAGCCUUCCUUUGAAGUGUGAUGAAGACCGUGUUUGUCAGGAGAAGAGUAAUGAACUUAUUUAGUAAAUGAUCUUGUAAGUAGGUAUUAAAUUUGAUCUUGGAUGUGAUUUUCUCUAAGGCUACCUCUCAUCUUCCCAAUUGUCUUGUAAGGCUUACCCAACAUGAUGCAGGACUAUCAUACUUUCUCAAAAAUUUGUGUUGCACAGAGAGAAGAAAUCACUGUUUUGUUAUAUUUGAGCUAUCUCGAAAAAGCUGUGAAUGAGAGCUCUCUGUGUUUGUUUGGAUGUUUGGUGCAUUGUGAAAGAGGCCGAUAACUGCUCACUCUUAUUUUGUGACUUCAUUUUGUGAUCAUUAUACUUGUAAAAUAGGUAGGUCUAGCUCUUAUCUUAUACUGCCGUACAUUGGUUGUUUUUAUGUCUGUGUAGAUUCGCAUAGUUUUGAGGAAAUCCGCUUGAUUGGUCUGCGUUGCCCUUUCCUUUGCAAUGCUAUUCGGUUUUCAUGAAUCAUGAAAUGAAUUCAAAGAUUGCCCAAGUAAGAUUUUUACAAGGGCUUGUGGCAAGGGUUAUUGUUUGAAAUAUUGCUUCCAUAAGAAAAAGAGAGAUGCAUUGUCCAGCAUAGCUUCAUAAAUCCCUGCUCACUCAUAUCUAACUGUGAUUUUAAAAACAAUUAAAUGGAAUCAUUGUUUUA